UAAACCAAAAGCUCAAGAGAGAAGAAGAUAUGGCUUCUUCUUCUCAUCUCUUAACUCUCCCACAACGCUUCUCUUUUACCUCUAAAAUCCCUUCACAUCCCUCUAAGUCCAAGUCAGUUGGGGUUCAUGUGAAGUGCAGCUUUCAAAAUGAGAGUUGUAAUCCAGAAAUUUCUGGCAGCUUGGAGAAGAAGACUAAUUCUAAGGAAGCUCAAACAUCAACAUCUCGUCGUCUGUGUCUCGCGUGUUUAUGUUCAAGUAUAGCUUUGAUUAAUGUCGCUGGCACAUCAGUUUCUGCAUUGAAGGCAGUUGCAUCGGAUGGAAAAGAAAGACCUGUAUGCAGAAAUUGUGGGGGUAGUGGAGCUGUUCUUUGUGAUAUGUGUGGUGGUACCGGAAAAUGGAAAGCUCUCAACAGAAAACGCGCAAAAGAUGUUUAUGAGUUUACAGAAUGUCCAAAUUGCUAUGGUCGUGGGAAACUUGUUUGUCCGGUUUGUUUAGGAACAGGUUUACCAAAUAACAAAGGUCUUCUUAGGAGGCCUGACGCGCGGAAAUUACUCGACAAGAUGUAUAAUGGUCGAUUACUGCCAAAUUCUUAAGUACUGGAUUUUCGACUGAUUAUGCUUCCAGAAGAUGAAUGAACCCAGGAAUUGUAGAUAAUGUCAUUGUCUCCCCCAGUACAAUGCAUACAUGAGGCUUUUUUGGUCUGUAUAAUAGCCCCGAAAGUGGCCUAAGUUUUAAAUCUUUACAGGCUUCUUUUUCUUUUUGUCAUUUUUUUAUUUCUUUCGAGCAAAUAUGGUUCCAACUUGCUAAUGCAAAAAUGUAGUAUGCUAUAUUACUCCUCAUAACAGCAGUCAUUUUUGGAUCUAAACUCGUUUUCUCUCUGAAUGGUAUUUGUUCUUGAUGCCGAUUUACGAUAUU